UCUUAAAACAAAAUUCAAUUAAAUAAUUGGAUUUAAGUAAAUAAAUUUACCGUCAGCAAUUAUUAAUAAUUUUUUUAAAUAAAAUAGACACCUGAAAUAGUGAAUUUUAUUGGAGUAAAGAUAAUUUUAAAAACACCCGCCACAUUAAAAAUCUCUUGUCAUUGUCGCAAUUAAAAAGUAAUAUCUUGUUGUCUCUUUUGUGUAAUUUCUAGGAGUGAGAAGGAGGAAGAGACGAAACGACUGAACCUGAAACUGAAAGAAAGAAAAAUACUGUGCAAGUACAAGUGACUACACAAUCACCAUCAUCAACAUUCAACAUCAUUCGUAAUACCCGUAAUACAACUAGUAAACCAAUAUCACCACCAUCAUCGUGUUGUGUUGUAUACUGAUUGAAAAAUUAAUUUUUUUCAUACUUGGAUACUUAAAUCUACUUUAAUAAAUAAUACACCCGUCUCAGCAACUUGUAACCCGGGUUCAACGCGGGCAUUAUUUAUCGUAAGAGAGAAUUAAAUUGUAAACAUGGCAUCGUUGCCGAGAAGGAUCAUUAAAGAAACACAGAGAUUGAUGCAGGAGCCUGUUCCUGGCAUUAGUGCCGUGCCAGAUGAAACCAAUGCGCGGUAUUUCCAUGUUAUUGUCACCGGGCCAGAGGAUUCACCUUUUGAAGGUGGUCUGUUUAAACUAGAAUUGUUUUUACCAGAAGAUUAUCCAAUGAGCGCACCUAAAGUUAGGUUUAUUACUAAAAUUUAUCAUCCGAAUAUUGACAGGCUUGGAAGAAUUUGCUUAGACAUACUGAAAGACAAAUGGAGUCCAGCUCUACAGAUAAGAACAGUUUUGCUUUCUAUACAAGCUCUUUUGAGUGCACCAAAUCCGGAUGAUCCUCUAGCUAACGAUGUUGCUGAAUUAUGGAAGGUAAAUGAAAGCGAAGCAAUUCGAAAUGCCAAAGAGUGGACCCGUAGAUACGCAAUGGACAACUGAUCUCAGCCUUGUCGUUAUUAUCCAGCAUCCAACGUGUUGUUGCUGUUGUUGUUAUUGUCAUCCUCAGCAAGUUCGACAAUUAUCAGCGACUUAAUAUUGCAAUUAACCUGGCACAUUGGUCUUCUACCAUAUUCGCCACCCGUGUCCACUAUUUUGCUAUGCAAAUAAAGAUAAAUUUUUUAAGACAAAGAAUUAAAACAAUAAACAAUGCAUUAUGUAAUAAAAACAAAUCCAACAGAAGCUGAAGUAACAAAUAAUCUAAUAUAUAUAUUUAAGGCUGUACUUUAAAGGCAGCAAGUGAUGAUUUUGCAACAAAAUUUAUAAAAAUAAUCGUUUGUUGUUUUCGUCCAAUGCCCUAUUUUUUUCUAGUUUAGAUUUUAAAUUUAUUAAGCAACCGGAAUUAAAAAAUUUAUUAGUUUUUUUUUUUUAUAAAAAAAAUUAUUCCAUGCAAUAAAAAUUGAUACACUAUUUUUAUUUAUCAAUUGCAUUGUUGUGCAAUGUGUCAAAUGUUUUGGUAUAAAUUUUUAUCAAUAUAUUUUUUUCUUUCAUGUUUGAUUGGCAGUAAUACAGCUUUACUCCGGAUUACUCAACUCUGCAACAUACUGUACUCCACUAAAAUAAUUGAAUAACUUAAAAAAAAAAAAAAAAAAACUUCUCAAUUCUUUCACUACUUGAUACUAACUUUACUCAACAUUAACUUUACUCAGUAGUAAUUGUAUUCAAUGAUAUCUCGACUCAAUAGUAUAUUAGAAGUGUUGACGCGCUUUUAAAAAUAUCUAUUCAAUUUUUUUUUUGUUUAAUAUUUUAUUC